AACUGCAACCGUAUAAAGGUCAGUCUGUCGUCUCGUUUGUUUUGUUUACUUGUUUCUCGGUCACCAGACUGUAUUAGGCCGACUAUCUUGAGUAAUUCUGAGCAAUUGCAAUGAAACUCGCUCGAUCUUUAUUGAAACUGGGUCUUGGAGGAGGUGCUGUUUAUUUUGUAGUAAAUCAAGGUGUGUUCAGCCACAGUCAAUCAGAAAGUAUUGGAGCUUCAAAAAAAAUUGCUGAAUCAAUACCAGGUUUUGAGCCUUAUUUACAAAAGAUUCCGUCUGUCAUGUCAAAACAAGAAUUAAUAAAUUAUUGGAAUUCAGGUGUGAAAAUAACAGUAUCGGCCCUAGCGUCUUUACCUGAUGAUACAAAGGAUGCCACUAGCAGAGGAUUUCAUUAUUUACAAGAAGAAUUAAAAAAUCAAAUGAAUGCUAAAAAAUAAAUUGUUUAAUAGCUUAAAUACGUUUGUAUAUUUGUCUUGUAAAUGUUUACUGAAAGUGUGUUUAGUUAUAUUUCAAAAAAUUUAUAUAUGAAAUAAAAUUUCUUAAAAUUGA